UGGAACCCUAGGCGAAGAUUUUUUUCAAUGGCCUCAUCACAAUUACCAGAGCAGCAGGAGCAGUCCCAAGGGGAAAAGAAGACGGUAAUCAAAAGAAAAAUAUUUAGGAGGAGAAAUCCAACUCUGAAGAAGAAAGCCUUGGAACUCCGCGAACUGUGCAACGUCCCGGUUUGCGUGAUUUCUUAUGGGCCCGACGGGACGCUCCAGACGUGGCCGGAAAGCCGGAAAGACGUGGAAGACGUAGUCGACAAGUACAGGAACAAUGACGGAGCGUUCAAGUUUUCUAUCGGUUCCUUGAAAUCCAAGACAUACACGAAAAACAACAGCGGGGUAGAAUUAGAAGAUGGUGAACCCGAGAGAGACGAGAAGGAGAAGACGGAGAAGGUAGAGGAAUUUGAGAAGGAUUUGGCGAGAUGGGACGGGUGGCUUGACGAGCAACAUGAGGAAGAGAAGUUGGCGUCCUUUUGUACUUUCUUGGAGUCCAAGAUUCGUGAAAUGAAUGACAGGAUAGAGUUGCUUAAGUCGAAGGAGAAGCGAAUCUAGUUUCCCCCAAUGCUUUUCUUUCUCGUAUAUUUUUUUUGUUUUAAAAGUUGGAAUGUAGGCCAGUAGGGGUCCGUUUGGGUUGGUUGGUAUAGAGUUUUGUUGGCAUGGGAGUGAAAAAAAAAAAAAAAGAAGUGCUGGCAAGUCUAGCCAUAAUAAUACAAUGUGAUUUGACUCUUCUUAAGCUGUUUGAUUCAAUUAUUUCCAAAUUUGAGAUCUCAUCAAUUACAAUAUUUUGAAUUGGGAUUUGUUGAAAACGAAUUGGAUUGCUUAAGCCAUGCAUUUUGAGUGAUUAGUAAUAAGCAGGGGCGGAGGUUCAAGAUUCAAGAGGGCGUUUGUGUAUUAAUGGAUGCACGUGCCACAUGGACUGAAGACAGUAGAAGACAUGCGCGUGGAUUGAAUUGAAGCAGUUGCAUGGUUAGUUUAGUAGUCAGUUUGCAUAUAUAGUUUAGUUAGUUCAGUUGUGCAGUUGGUUGCAAGUUGUUAGUUAGUUCGAUGUAAGGCUUUAUAAACCGAUAGAGAGUCUCUCUUUGUAAUUUUUACGGAAAUACUUGGAUCAAUUUGUUGUUUUGUUUUGUAUCUUUCUUUCGGAGCUUAGUUUGGGCUCGAAUCAACCUACCCUUGUCUCAGAAAAUAUGUCGAAAAUAAAAGUUCAUUACAGUUUGCUGCA